GGCCGCGUGGGCCCCUCUCGGCCAUCGCCGGGUCGAGGCGGGGCCUGUGCGACGUCCACACCGGCCCUGGAGGCCGGGGACACGCGAGCCGAGGGAGCAGAAGGUCUCUCCUUCUCUCUUCCCCAUUUCCCGGCCCCCCAACCCCGGCGGCGGGGCAGAGGCGGCCAGAUCCACCCGGGAAUUUUGGAAGCACACACUCUGCCCCCUCCCUCCCUCUCUGCUCGUCUCGCUGCAAGCCGCGGGCGGUCCGAAUCCCCUAGGCCGUGCAGGGGGCCCCGCCGGGGGAGCGGCCAGCGGCGGACCGGCCACUAGCCCAGCGGAGCCGCGAGCGCGCCCCGCACGCAGACGAAGACCGACGGCGACGCCAGGGGCUCGCGACCAGGAAAUGGCAGCGGACUGACUCCUCCCACUUCCCGUUCUCGCCCGCGCACGCCCGGCCGGGAACCUGGACAACGCGCCGCGGCCGCAGAACAGCCUCUUGCGCCGAGCGUCCGCGACGCCAGUGCCGGGGUCAAGUGCCUCAGUUUCAAUCUGGGAAUUCUUUAAAUGAAACUUGUUUAAAAUCUUAGACCAUACCCAAAAGAGAGACCCCAGUCAACAAUAAGGUGGAAAAGAAUGAUGUUGUCCUUAAACAGUCUACAGAAUGUCGUCCAUAACCCGAUAAUCCCCUAUGUUGGGACCAUUUCUGAGAAGUUGGAGCCUGGAACUUUGAUUGUACUACGUGGGCAUGUUCCUAGUGACUCAGACAGGUUCCAGGUGGACUUACAGUGUGGCAGCAGCGUGAAACCUCGAGCGGACGUGGCCUUUCAUUUCAAUCCCCGGUUCAGGAGGGCCAACUGCAUUGUCUGCAACACUCUGAAGAACGAGAAGUGGGGCAGGGAAGAGAUCUCCUACGACGUGCCUUUCAAGGAAGGAAAACCCUUUGAGAUCGUGGUCAUGGUGCUGAAGGACAAAUUCCAGGUGGCCGUCAAUGGAAAACAUACCCUGAUCUAUGCCCACAGGAUCAGCCUAGAGAAGAUCGACACCCUGGGCAUUUACGGCAAAGUGGUCAUUCACUCCGUGGGUUUCAGCUUCAGCUCGGAUUUAAGAAGUAGCCAAGCAUCUACUCUGGAAUGGACAGAGAUAAGUGAAGAAAAUGUGCAAAAGUCUGGCGUGUCACAGUUUCCUAGUAAUAGAGGAGACAUUUCUAAAAUCGUCCCCAGAACUGUCUACACCAAGAGCAAAGGUUCGCCGGCCAAUCAAACUUUGACUUGCUCCAAAAUACUACCUACUUGUCUUUCGGCAACUCUGCCGUUCGUAGCGAGGUUGAACUCCUCAAUGGGCCCUGGACGGACUGUCGUCAUAAAAGGAGAAGUAAAUAAAAACGCCAAAGGCUUCUCUGUUGAUCUGCUCUCAGGAAAAUCCAAGGCUAUUGCUCUCCACCUGAACCCACGCCUGAAUGUUAAAGCAUUUGUAAGAAAUUCUUUUCUUCAGGAGUCCUGGGGAGAAGAAGAGAGAGAGAUUACCUGUUUCCCUUUUAGUCCUGGGAUGUACUUUGAGAUGAUAAUUUAUUGUGAUGUUAGAGAAUUCAAGGUUGCAGUAAAUGGCGUACACAGCUUGGAGUACAGACACAGAUUCAAAGACCUGAGUCAUAUCGACACGCUGGAGAUCAAUGGCGAUAUCCACUUACUGGAAGUAAGGAGCUGGUAGCUGACAGGUGUGAUACAAAAACUGAAAUACAGAGGACUUCUGGAACACUGUCCUUGUUAAAAUGCAUCUUACUCAUGAUAUGGUUUAUAUAUGUUGUUAAAAUGGGCUGAAGUCCUACUGGGUGUCCUCAGUCCAUGUCACGCAGUGAGGCUUUGUCAA